AUGUCCAACCACCUUUCCAGCGACUCGGAUAUCUCGUCAACGGAGUCCAUGCUCUGUGGCGGCAUUGCCGGCAUGGUGUCGCGUUUUUGCAUAGCUCCUCUGGACGUGGUCAAGAUCAGACUACAACUGCAAAAAGAUGGAAGUCGCUAUUAUCGGGGCAUUUUUCAGACGAUGCAACAGAUUGUUCGUGACGAGGGUGUCACGGCGCUGUGGAAGGGAAAUAUUCCCGCAGAACUGCUGUAUGUCUUCUAUGGAGCUACCCAGUUUGUGACAUACCACCAUGUCAACCAGGUGAUCAAUGCCUACAACGAAACGGCAGAGAAAUGGAAGAUUUCGUCCGGUGCUCAGUCUUUUAUCGCCGGAGCAACGGCAGGAGCAGGAGCUACUAUCGCCACGUAUCCUUUUGAUCUGUUCAGAACACUGUUUGCAGCUCAGGGAGCCAAGAACUGCAACGUGAAAAACUACACGUCCCUGUUUCAGACCUUCAAACUCAUCUACAAGACGGAAGGGCCCCUGGGAUUCUUCAGAGGCGUAUCCAGCAGCAUCAUCUCAAUCGCACCCUACAUGGGUCUGUUUUUUGCAUCAUAUGGACGUGUCAAGGAUUCAUUGGAUGCCUUUUCAAACAAACAUCACGACCUUCUCGUGUCCUACAACCUGCCUACCAAGGGUUGGCAGGAGGCAACUGCCGGGUUGUGUGCGGGCACAGCUUCAAAGGCUCUAGUCUUCCCCCUGGACACAAUCAGAAAACGUCUGCAGACACAAGGAAGAAUGGAUGUGUCUUACAAGGAGCUGUCUGGCAAGCCUGGAGUGCAGCGACUGCUUGACUCAUACAACCCAUUUGUCAUGGCGCGUCGGAUCAUCGUCGCCGAGGGAUGCAGGGGUCUCUACAAAGGCUUUCUGGUUUCACUCAUCAAAAGUGCCCCCACUAGCGCUAUCACCAUGUACACUUUUGAAAAGUCCCUCAGCAUUCUGCGAUGGUGGAAGGCACAAGGAAAGUCGCUCGAGGCUUGA